UGCUGGAAAUAUGAGCCGAAUGAGCGUCCAGAUACUCAAGGAGUUGCUUUAAUUCUUAAAGCGAUGAUCUCGUCCGAACCGGAUGAUGAUAUUGAAGAAGAGAAGGAAUGCUGUUCGUCAGAAAAAAGUCAAUCAAGUUCGAAAUCAAUCAGAGGGAUAACUAUUGAUAGUAAUUAUGAUUUAAAGUUGGAUAAUGUUAUUUCAUUCUUAAAUAGUGAUUAUGAAGAGGAAAUUGAAGACAUUCCAUCAAGUGCGACGACAGAAUCAUCAAUGGAUAUUAAUCUCAAAUUAGAAGAGGAUGGAUUUAUUACACCAGAUGAAAAAGUAGAAAAACUUAUAAAGGCAUUAACUGAAACAAAAUAUUUAUAUGCUCUAAAAUCCCUUUUUGAAAAUUUACAGAUCUCAUUUUUUUCUCAAACCUUAAUAAAUUCACUUAAAGCAUUAUCUGAUCCUAUUUCAUUUAAUAAUUAUUCAAAAGAAUGCGCACCAAGAUUAGA